AUGACGCACUUUAAAGUGACUCAGUUUCAGGGAAAGGAAAUCGGAGUGGACGGAGGAGGCAGAAGACUGUGUGAACGAGCAGGGGAAGGCACGGUGAUGCCCUCAACCCGGUCCUUGCGGGGACUCCACCAAGUAGCCUGCCCUGCCUGCACCCGGCCGCUGAAGGAUGCGGUGACCACGGCCUGCGGACACACUGUCUGCCUACUUUGCCUCCCACAUACCCCCAUGGGGGCCCAGCUGCUGUGCCCGCUCUGUCAGGGGAAAGAAGAGGAGCAAACUCAGGCCCCAGCGGCCCCGGUGCCCCUGGGUCACCUAAGCGAGACCUGCUGUGAGGAGCACGGAGAGAAGAUCUAUUUCUUCUGCAAGACAGACGCCGAGCUGCUCUGCGUGUUCUGCAGGGAGGGCCCUGCCCACCAGACGCACACUGUGGGCUUCCUGGAUGAAGCCAUCCAGCCCUACAGGGAUAGGCUCAGGAGUCGGUUAGAAGCUCUGAAAAGGGAAAGGGACAAGAUGGAAGAUAGGAAAUGUCAAGAAGACCAGAAGCUCCAAGAAGUUCUGAUGCAGGUUGAAAGCAAGAAGCAACAGGUAGAAGCUGCUUUUGCCAGGCUGAAGCAGGAGCUUCGGGACCAGAGGUGCCAAUUGCUCAACAGGCUGGAGGAGCUAGAACAGCAGAUAUGGAAGGAGAGGGAAGAGUACAUCAUGAAGGUCUCCCAGGAGGUCAACCGGCUGGAUGCCCAGGUUGAGGAGCUGGAGGAGAAGUGUCAGCGCCCAGCAAGUGAGCUUCUGCAAGAUGUCAGGCUCAACCAGAACAGGUAUGAGACGAAAACUUUUGUGAGUCCAGAGGCCAUUUCCUCUGAGCUUGUCAAGGAGAUUCGAAACCUCCACAGAAAACUACUUUGCCUCCCAACAAUGCUGAGGACAUUUUCAGGUAAAGAGGCUCCAGAUCCCAUUAGAUGUUCUUCUACCUUCCACCUGUCUCCAUCUUUUCCCAACUUCAAACCACCAAGCAUAGUGGUGCAUGCCUGUUACGCCAGCCCCAGGGAGACCAAGGGAGGAGGACCUCAAGUUCAGGUCAGCCUGGACUACACAGUGAAACCUAAACAAAAAUAAGCCAACAGCUUGGGUUAAGCCCCUCCCCUCCAGGCCUUUCCACAGAUCUCCCUCAGGGAGCGAUCCCCCGAUGGUGAUCUCCUCUGCCCAAGGGUGGAGGCUCCAGACUGCGGGUCCAGGAAGGCGACACAUUACUCCUAAGAGUCUUCUCUCCUGUCACACUGCAGUCAGGACACCUUCCCCUGCGAAUAUCUAGAGGAGACGUAAGUCUCACAGAUCUUUCUGUUUCUGCUUUCCUCAGAAAACUUGAUGCAUCAUCUGGAAACAGUCAGGUAAUCAGCAAGGGCUCUGGGGGGCUUCUCUCCAUUUAUCAAAAUCACCCAAACAAUAAUGAAAUGCGCCCACUUGGACCCUAAUGGCUUGGGGUCUUGGGUCUAUCAUUAAGCCUUUUCUCCCCAACACUGCCUAAAAUGUAAACAAAAACAGAACCUACACUAUGCAUCCAUGUGGAGGUUAAUUAAUGUAUGCAAAGGGCUUAGCACAGUACCUAACUGAUGAAUGUUGUCAGUUACCUGUAUAGAUACGCAUUCAAAAUAUGUAUUACAAUCCUGAGCUUUGCCCAGAAUUAUGCUAGAUUCUCUGUAGAUUUUAACAAAUAAGUGUAUUAUUUAAAAACAAGCUGGGCACCAUGGCACACAGCUACAAUACUGUGUAAUAUUGUAAUAUAGUACAAUUUCAGUAGUUGAGUGGUAGAAGCAGUCAGACUGCCACAAGUUUGAGGUAAGCCUGGGCUACAAGAGUUAGUUCCAGGCCAGCCUCAGCUACAAAGACCCUUGCUGGGGUGGGCUGGGGGGCUUGGUCCUAGGGAUGUACAGCUUUCUGCUAGAGCUUGUCUAGCAUGCAUAAAGCUCUAGUACCACAAACGGACAGGGAGAGAAAAAGAGCAAAAAUAUCAUUUUCUUUCAAAUCGGAGCUUGUUUCCAGAGCACCUGCCUGUUCUUGUAUUGACCCCUACUUCGUCAACAUCUAUGGAGAUGUCAUCCAGACGCCUGGUUAACAUGAAGGCUGAUGACGGGCAGUCUAGGGCGGGCCCCAAGACUGUAUGUUUCUUAACAAGCUCCUAGGUACUGCGCUGCUGCUGCUGGCCUGGCCACCUCACUUGAAGAAGCAAAUCCUCAGGCAGAGCCGUCACUUCUGUCCCCCAGAAACAGGGCUGAGAAGCAGGCAGCACUGCCUAGAAGUAGCGGGAAAGGGUUCAUUCUGGACACUCAAGACCACAGACCUGAGCCUGGGCCUCUCCAAGGACAUAAUGUCCACUUGAGUGGUGGCUGCAACACGGAAUGGCCCCCAGAGGUGGCGAGGGUGAGGGUGAGCAGGAUCUGAGCACUGAGAACAGCGUCUGGGCCACGAUAGUGUUAUUCCAGCUGACCAGCAGUCAUCUGUCCCCCACCAGGGGACACAGCUGUCCUGUGCAGUGUAGACAUGACCCUGGACUAGCAGGCAGGGGGUAAGACCCUGCGGAGGUCCCAUACAAGGGCAUCAAUUUCCACCUUGCUCUCCAUCAAUAGCCCACUGGAAAGCAAAUUCCUGACCAACUUUGAAAGACUGUGGUGGAGCCUGGGUAGUGUGGCUGAGCCACCAGCACCUGGAACCCAGCCGUCUCCAGCAUUCAAAACUGAGACUGAAAGUUCAGUGUCCUGGAACCUGUACAGUAGCUUUCAAGUGUCGAGGACCUUCAGCUCCCUGCACACAGUUCCUGGACACAGUGAUCCCGCUGAAUGGAGAGCCAAAACCAGAGAAGGAAGGCUACACCCUAGACACCAGCAAAGCUAUGAGCCCAAUGGGAUUUGGAAAGGAAAAAUAAAAUACAAAAGCUUCAAAAAGAUUGCUGUAGGAAAACCAGGACUGUUAGGCCUGCACUGAUUUAUACUGAUUUUUAUACACAAAGAUCAAGAUGCUUUGGGGCCUCAUCAUCAACUCUGGAUGGACCACAAAGGACCUUCAGGUCAUCUCUCUAGGUUUUAAGAGAAUGUUCUAAUAAAGUGACCCACAGGCU